AUGCCUCUUUUCAAGAUGAACAACGCCUCUUCUUCCAAGAAGAACAAGACCGCUUCGGCCGCGAACACUCCCUCCCAGACACCCCGCACUUCCUUCGACGGCAAGGUCCCUACUACCACCUCGACUCGUACCUCCUCCGCUCAGUCCACCCAGACCGCUGCUGCCAAGGCAGCACACCUUGGAAACAUGCAUGCCAUGGUCCUCUCCCGCGUCUAG